AUGAUAAGAAUGAUUGAAAAAAUGUUUGUUAAUGACGGUUUAGAAAUUGAGCUGACAUCAUUUAUUGAUGAUAAGCAAAAUGUUUGGUUCCGAGGAAAAGAUGUUGCCCGGAUCCUCGGUUAUAGUGACACUGAUCAGGCUAUCAGGAAGAAUGUAUCUGAGAACCAUAAAAUAAUCCAUCUUGUAUACCCCCAAAUGUUACCCCGUCGUCUGGACGAGUCAAAAAAAUAUUCCCCCGCCAAAUCGGCUGGUCAACAAAAUGACACUAGAGGGAAAUGGUGCACAUUCAUUGAUGAGGCUGACUCUUAUGAACUUGUAUUUAGUUCAAAAUUAGAAUCUGCCAAAAGAUUCUGUGAUUGGGUAUUUACUACAGUCCUUCCAUCUAUUCGUAAAUAUGGCCAAUACAAACUGUUUGAUAGUCCCUGGAAUAAGAUGAUCAUGAUUGGCAAUGAGACCGACCUCCAUUAUAAAGUUGUGGACCUCAUGAGGAGAUAUUAUCCCGAUACUAUAUUAGUAGCAGGUCUGGGUGAGAAUCAAGAUACUGAGGAUAAGAGACUAGAUUCAUAUAAAAAGGGAUAUAUGAGAGGACAGCCUGAUCUAAUGGUACUCGAUUAUCACAAAGAUUAUAAAGGCCUCUGUAUUGAAUUCAAAUCACCAACUAAUAAUUAUCAUGUGUCAGAAGCCCAACUAGAGAUGAAGAAAAAGUACGUUAAUAAUUGCUAUGCAUUUAUACUCAGUAAUGAUUAUGAUAAGAUUAGCAAAAAUAUCCACCAUUAUAUGAAAGGCAUCAGAGUACCGUGUAAAUAUUGCAUCAAACAUUUCUAUAAU